GUCUGGCCCCCGCCCAACUUCAGCUCCCGUACGUAGGCUACGCGAGGCUACGUCAGCAUCCCAUAAACCUUUGCGUUGCAGUACGCUUCCUUCUUCGCGAGACGACACAUUUGGAAAAGAGAGGACACAUCCCUGAAGUGUGAAUCAACAAGGCAUUAAAUAUGGCCGAGAACAUCAACGAGAAGAUCAAGAACUACAGGACUGCACCCUUUGACGCCCGCUUCCCUAAUGUUAACCAGACACGAAACUGCUACCAGAAUUAUCUUGAUUUCCACAGGUGUAACAAGGCUCUGUCAGACAAAGGCCAGGACGUAGCCCCAUGUGACUGGUACCAGAGGGUCUACAAAAGUCUGUGCCCCUUGAGCUGGGUUGAGAAAUGGGAUGGGCAGAUUGAAGAUGGAAGCUUCCCUGGAAAGAUCUAACCGGACCAUUUAUUUAUCCCAUAUUGAGUACCUCAUGAUGUUUUAACCAUGUGUCACUCUAAAAGUCUUUUGUUUUGGUUACAAGUGGGAGCCCUUAUUAGAGGCCUCACAUUGUUCUAAAUUGCAUUGUCUCUUCGCUGACUUACAUGUUGGUUACUUAAAUAAAGACGCACAAUUUACCUUA